CUCUUCUAGUGUCAUGGCGUCUGUUGUGUGUCCUGAAUACUGUACUGAGAGGCGAUUGCUUUCUAGCUUGCGUUUUGUGACUUCACUUCACUGUGGCCUGCUUAGGAAAGAACCUGGGAGACUCUCAAGCCACGCAAUGCAGGCAGUGACUUUUGAGGAUGUGGCUGUGAACUUCACCAAUGAGGAGUGGACUUUGCUGAAUCCAUCCCAAAAGAAGCUCUACAGAGAUGUGAUGGGAGAAACCUUUAAGAACAUGGUGACUAUAGGAAGCGCUGGGGACAACCAGGAAGUUGAAAAAGCAUGCAAAAAUUACUGGAGAUACCUAAGAAAUGAAGAGGUAAAGAGGUGCUAUCAAGAUAAAGCUUGUACUCAGUAUGAAGAAGUAUUCCUUUGUACUCCAGAUGCUAAUGUGAAUGUGAAAGAAACACACACAUCCAAUGAUGUUCAGAUCCAUGAAAGAAAUCACACUGCAGGGAAACCCUAUGUAUGUAAGCAAAGUGGGAUAGCUUUCAAGUGGCACAGUAAUUGUGAAGGAUGUGAAAAGACUCACCCUGGAGAGAAAUGCUGUGUAUGCAAGCAGUGUCGAAAAGCUUUCAGCAGGUUCAGUGAAUAUAAAACACAUGAAAGAAGUCACACAGGGGAAAAAUAUCUAUGUAAGCAGUGUGGGAAAGCUUUCAUCAGAAACACUUAUUGUCGAAGACAUGAAAGAAUUCAGGGGGAGAAGCCCUAUGUAUGUAAUCAGUGUGGACAAGCUUUCACUACACACAGAUCUUGUCAGAUACAUGAAAGACUUCACACUGGGGAGAAACGCCAUAUAUGUACGCAAUGUGGGAAAGCUUUCAGUAGGCGCAGUAGCUGUAAAAUACAUGAAAGGACUCACACGGGAGAAAUGCUGUAUCUGUAAGUAUUGUGGGAAAGAUUUCAGCAGAAACACUUCUUGUCGAAGACAUGAAAAAACUCACACUGGCGAGAAAUCCUAUGCAUGUAAACAAUGUGGGAAAGCUUUUACCACACAGGAAUACUGUAAAAUACAUGAAACAAUUCACACUAGGGAGAAACACUACCACUGUAAGCAAUGUAGGGAAGCUUUCAUAAGUUAUAGUAAAUAUAAAACACAUGAAAAAACACACACAGGGGAGAAACCCUAUACCUGUAAGCAUUGUGGGAAAGCUUUCAGCAGAAACACUCAUUGUCAAACACAUGAAAGAACUCACACAGGGGAGAAACCCUAUGUAUGUAAGCUAUGUGGGAAAACUUUCAGUAGACAGAGAUCUUGUCAAAUACAUGAAACACUUCACACAGGGGAGAAACCCUAUAUGUGUACGCAAUGUGGGAAAGCUUGCAGUAGGCUUGGUGACUGUAAAAUACAUGAAAGAACUCACACAGGGGAGAAGCCCUAUGUGUGUAAGCAAUGUGGGAAAGCUUUCAGCAGAAAUGCUCAUUGUCAAAGACAUGAAAAAAUUCACACUGGGGAGAAAUCAUAUAUAUGUAAGAAAUGUGGGAAAGCUUUCAUGAGUUACAGUGACUAUAAAACACAUGAAGGAACACACAAAUGGGAGAAACCCUAUGUAUGUAAGCAAUGUGGGAAAGCUUUCAUCAAAAAGUCUUCUUCUCAAGCACAUGAACGAAUUCACACUGGGGAAAAACCCUAUGUAUGUAAGCAAUGUGGAAAAGCUUUUGCCACGCGUGGAAAUUGUCAAAUACAUGAAAGAAUUCACACUGGGGAGAAACCCUAUGUAUGUAAGCAAUGUGGGAAAGCUUUCUCCACACAGAGAUAUUGUCAGAUACAUGAACGAAUUCACACUGGGGAGAAACCCUAUGUAUGUAAGCAAUGUGGGAAAGCUUUUGCCACACAGGGAAAUUGUCAAAUACAUGAAAGAAUUCACACUGGGAAGAAACCCUGUGUAUGUAAGCAAUGUGGGAAAGCUUUCAGUAGUCAGAGUCAAUGUAACAUACAUGAAGAGGUUCACACUGGUGUUAAUCCUGUGUGUGUAAGCAGUGUGGGAAAGCCUUCCCAGGUACAGUGAAUGUAACGUACAUGAAUGAACUUACACUGUUAGAAAAUCUAUGUAUGUAAAUAAUGUGGGAAAACAGUCCCCACAUGGAGAUCUUGUCCAAUAAAUGAAAGAUUUCACACUGGUGAAAAAGCCCAAGUAUGUGGGAAAUGUGGAAAAACUUUCACAAGGCACAGUAAAUGUAAGAUAUUUGAGAACUCAUACAAGGUAUGUGUGUAAGCAGUGUCGGAAAGCUUUCACCACAUGCAGGUGUUGUUAAAUUAAUGAAAUAAUUUAUAUUGAGUAGAUACCUUAUGUAUGCAACACUGGAAAGCAUUCAUCAGGUACAGUGCAUGUAAAAUACACAAAGCUCUGAGUGUGGAUUAAUCCUACAUACAGAGGCAAUGUGUAACUACAUUCAGCAUACAUGAUUUUCACAUGUACAAAAGAAUUUGUUGAACAGAAAUCCUAUGUAGAUAAGCAAUAUGGGGGAAAUGCCAGUCCACACAUUUGUUAAAUACAUGAAAAGUCUCACUGGGGAGAAAGCUUAUAUAUAUAUAUAUAAGCCUAUUUUGAAAACCCUGUGAAAAUUUAUCAUGCAAUGGAGACCUGAAGAAAUUAAUACAAAAAAUUUGAUGUCAAUUUUUCUUCACUGAUGUUUCAGAAAAUACAAAUCUCAGGUGGAGCUGUCUUACAGUACCUACAUUGUGUGGUUUUAGUAAGUCAUUUUAUACAUAUUCAGGUUAUCUGGAGGGUUUAAUGUAGAAAUACCAAGUUGAUACAAUUUUGUAAUUUUGAGUAUCUGUUUAAUCCAUCGUGUCUUUUAAUUAAACAUAGUGAAAUGAAGUGUUUUUUUUACUUUCAGGUAUGGUUAGUGUCUACAUAGUUAAUGUAUGUCUUUGAGAUGGAGAGGUAUAGCCCACUAAAAAUACUUAAUUUUUAUAUUGUUUUCUGUUAAUUGUUGGGAUAUGGCCACUAUGUUUGUUUUAAAAUGUUUGGUUCAAGCUGGGUGUGGUGACACAAACCUAAUACCAGCACUUGGGAGGCUGAGGCAAGACAUUGCAAGUUUGAGACCAGCCUGGGCUACAAAGUGAGUUCAAGACCAACCUGAACUCCAUAGUAAGACCCUGUGUCAAAAAGAGAAAAAAAAAAUUGGUUCAUAUCCUCCAUGUUUGGUAUAAAACAUGAUGUUGCUGAAUUUGUUCCCACAUUUUGUAUUAAGAUUUAUAUUUAUAGAGGCUUGUGAACAUGUGUUUUUGGCAAAGUUUAGGUGCUUUUCACACAAUUUGUGAAUGGUAUGUCUUUCAUGUUGUGAAAAGAUACCUCCUUGUAUCUUAAUUUCAUUGUAUAUUAUAUCAUGUAUAUAAUGUUGCAUGAGUCUUUUUAUUGAAGCCAGUAUCAUCCUUUAAAUCAUUUUUAUGUUUUCUUGCCAUUCUGUUUUUGUAUUUGUAUUGCAGUGAAUUUAAUUUGGUGUUAAUUUUUCUACCACACAUACCAAAAGUAAACUGUGCUGCUGUGAAUUUCUGACUGCUUCUGAUCAGCAGAACCAUAACUUUUCUACAAAUUUAUGACAUUACAGCAACGUUUCCAGAAAGCAUCACUCCAUGAUGUGAUUUAUCUAUAACAACAUUUCGAAAGGAAGUCCUGUCUGCUGUGCAGUUGGACUGGGGAGAAUGGCUGUUAUUGACUGUACAAGGCAAAUGCCUGUAUUCUAUUCCCUGAUGCCCUGAUUCGUAUCUUUGGUAAUCAUUAUUUUUAACCUAAUCCUCUGAGCUAAUGAUGUGAAAGAAAACCUAACUCAUGUGAGGUAUCAGUCAGUUUGGUAAAAAGGAAUUGAUGAAGUUAUAAUUCAGAUCAUUUUUUCUCCUACCAGUCUUUGAGACAAAUUUCUACAGUGCCAUUUCUCAUUGUUCAUCAGGACCACUGCCUGAUACUUGUAGCAUGUACCAGUUGCCUUCAACACAUACGCUGGGUUGUGGUGUGUGUGUGAGUCCCAGUUGGUAUCCUCUGGGUGCAGUUUUUGCUUUUUUUUUUUAAGCAUUGAUGUUAUUUGUAAAUUGUUUAAUACAGUGUUCUUGAGUACAAAAGAUACUCAAGUCUGAUGGCAAUAUGUUGUUACAAACCUAUGGUAUUAUGAAAAUGUACAUGAGUACUCAUUAAGUAUCCCUAAUCCAGUGAGUAUAGCUUGUCAUAGUCAUAAUUAUGUUUACACACAUAAAUUAGCAGCUGUGUAAUAUCUUUUAAAAGUAUGUCUGUUUUGUAUCUGAAAUAUCUGAUAUAAUUCAUGGACAAAAGAUACUUUACAGUGUCAAUUUUUAUACCCAACAUCAUGUGACCAACUUCCCUGCAAAAUGUGUCUGCUCACCAUCAGGAAGAUAUGUGGUGUUUAUUACUAUUCACACUAGGAAUAGACUAUUGAAAGUACAUGACAUUUAUGCUGAGUACAUUCACUUUCUCAUUACUUUACCAUGAAAAUAAAAGGUGCUGAUCCUGUUGAUGCAUGAUUGUAAUCCUAGCAACUCAGAAGACUCAAGUGGGUAAGGAAAAAGUUGAGUCCAGCCUAUUCAACUUAGUGAGAGCCUGUCACAAAAUAUAUCUUCAAGUUCUGCAGAUGUAGCCCAGCACUUUUGAAUUCCUAGGUUUACUCCCCAGUAUCAAAAUUGUUUUAAUAGUAAUCAUCACAUAUCGGUCUUCCUUUUUCACUUGACCACUUUAACAGUUUAUCCCAGCCAUCACUUGAGAAGCACAUUUGUUUAUGGACUGAUUGUAAUGAGCAUCAUACGUCAGGUGUCAUUUUAACCAGUUGAUUCUUGUAUUGAACACAUUUGAUACAAUUAUCAUUUUUGUACUUGCUAUUAUACUAUUUUAUAUAAAUUACCAAAAAUAUACAAUUUAUGAUUGCCUUAUAUUUAAAGAAUUGGACUGGCAAGCGAUUUAUGAAUCCAGGUCUAAGCAAAUAUAUCAUCUUUAGUCAUAGCAGCAGGAGUGGCUGGGAUGUUAGGAUCAUGAGUUUAAAGCUAACGUUGGGGCAGCUCAUUUGGAUGCCUCAGCAAAUUAUGAAACAAUUGUCUACACCUGCAUUUGAAAUUUAAGGAAAGAAACAAUUUGAGCUCAAGAAUAUAAACAUAGGAUAGGAUUAAAAGAUAACAUUGCAAAUCACUGUGAUUUGGUUGUUCAGAAAAUACACUUUUCAAGGUAAUAUUUGUGCAGCAGUCACAUAUAUGUAUCAAGCAAAAUAUAAACAGUCAAACAUGAAUCAGCCAGGAAUCUCAAGUUCUGAGUGUGGAUAUUAAAAACUGUUUUCUCAAUAUUGAAGGUGGUGUUUUGGGGUAGAAAAUAAUAUUGGAUGACAGCAAAGUAAAAGGCUUAUAUACAAUUUUAAAAUGUCUGUACAAACAUGGAAGCAAUACAACAACAAAGAAGCAUGAAGAAAUAACGUACAGAAUGGAAAAAAUUUGCUUGGUAUUCCAUGAGAUCUACCAUCUAAAAAAACCAAAACAACAAUGACAAGCAAGACAGUGAAAUGAAUACACACUUGUCAGAAUAAAUACAGUGCCAAUAAA